AUGAUUGUUAAUUCAAAUAUGGAGCAAACACAUAGUGAUCCUCCGCAACCUCCGCCAACAUUAUCGCAACAAACUUCUCAAGUAUCCACUACCAUAUCGCAGUCAGUAUGUAAUGAGAAUUUUUAUUUAAAACGUAAACACGAUGAUUUGAAUGAUUCUUUGGAUAACUGUAACUACAUUCAACCAAAAAAACGACAUAUCCAGCAACAUGAAGAACCACAUGAAUACACCGUCGCUGACGAAAAUUAUCAAAAUUUAGCAAAUUCACAAUCACAAAAUGAUACAAUACCAACCUCUACGACAAUAUAUGGUACAACAACAAAUACAACAAACAAUGAACAUUUUGAUUCAAGUCAAUGGCAUAAUGCGGAUUUAUUAGAAUUAGAUCAGAGAUAUAAUUCGGUUACGCACUGUUUUGAAAAAAUCACUCAUCCAAAUGAUCUUCACCGAAAUGAUGAAGUGAUUUAUCAACAACAACAACCACAACAACACCAAACACAUCAUCAACUUCAACAACAGCAGCAACAACCGAAUCAGCAUCAUCAACAACAGGAGCAAUUACAGCAUAUAUCUCAUCAACUAAAUCAGCAUGAUAAUAUAAACCGACAAUUACAAUUGCAGCAUCAGCACGAUCAGGAACGGCAGCAUAAUUUAAUUCCCAAUUCAAUUGCAUUGCCUAUAGAUAAUCAAAUAAAUCUUAAUAAUCAACAACAAAAUAUAGUGGAGAAGUCAGCAUCAAAAAGUUCUGAAACUGAAGCUGAUUUUGAAGACAAAAAUUUAUCAUGGUUAUUCAAUUUUCGAUUAGAUGAAUUACCGCAUUUAUCACCAGAUGUUCAAAAUAAUCCAAAAGCUGUAGCAUCUUCAUUAACAAACCCAAUUAAUGUAAGCCAACCAAAUAAACCAAUAAAUAAUAAUAAAGCCAUACAAUCGAAAACUGGGAAAAAAGUUGAUGAAUUAAUUAAAGAGUUGACAGCAGAAAUAACUGAAGAUGGCGAUAUGAUUAUUGGUGAAAACAUUAUUCUCGAGAAUUCUCCAUCACCUCCUAAAGGUCCGAAAAAACCGCCAUUCACAUAUACCGAAUUAAUUGAAUAUGCUCUAGAGGAGAGAGGUGAAUUGACUGUAUCUGGAAUUUAUCAAUGGAUAUCGGAUCGGUUUCCAUAUUACAAAUCAAAUGAUGAUAGAUGGAAAAACUCUGUUAGACAUAACUUAUCAAUAAAUCCACAUUUUCGAAAAGGAUUGAAAGCUCCUCAAGGUGCUGGACAUCUUUGGACAAUUGCAAGUCGAGAUUCAGAAGAAAACGCACUCGCCUGGGAACAUAAAAAGCAACGUUUAGAAUUAUUUUUUAAAAUGGAACAGUUACAUAAUCAAAGACAACAAAAUUCAUCUAGUCAAGAAGAAUCAAAUGAAAAUAACAAUCAAAAUUAUUCUACAAUUGAUGAAACUGCUGCAGCAGUUCAACAUAUAACACAACAAAUGCAAAAUGAUUGUAAUUCGCCAAAUGAUAUUAAUAUGAAUCAAGCAGCUUUAAAUAAUCGAAUAUCAUCAACGAAUAGUUUAACAUUUGAGAAUAUUAUUCAUGGUGGUGAUUUAAAGAAGUCUGCUGGUGAAAUAUUGAAUGGGAUUCGACGAACUGUAGAAGUACAACCAAUUAACUGUAGGACAAUUAGCACAUAUCAUGACAGCAUGUUAGAUACUGAAGAUUACCUGAACCCUAUCAAUAAGGAUGAUGAUAUUAUAACACAUGAGGGUGGAUUUAGAAAUGAAUUUUAUGUUACUGAAAUUGAUCCAAUAGAAUUAGGUAUCAAUAUAACAAAUGUUGAAGAAGAAGUUCUUUUUAGCGAAGAUUUUAAUUUGAAUUAUUUUGGAAUAACAUCAGCAAAUGAUAUUGUAGCUUGA